CACACACUAACAGAAAGUUGUUCUGAGUUUUGCAGUCGCCUAGACUUUUGCACAGGGGGCUGAUGGAAACUCAUCGCUCCACACUGCUGGAGAGUCCAAGUUUUAAAGUCAGCCCAGCCAGAGGAGCAGUUAUCCUCAUUCUUUCAGCUGAGAAAAUCCUUUCCAUGUUGUGCACAACUGUAAUGAAAAGAGAAGACCCUCUUGCCAGAGACUGAACUUGUCUGUCAGGAAAAUACUAUUUACAGGACUUGUCAUGUCUCCCUUUCUGCGUAUUGGUUUAUCCAACUAUGACAGCGGCCCUUACCUGCCAUCCCAGGGGGAGGUGAUUAACCCUUACUGUGCCGUGAUGGUUAAAGAAGCCGUGGAGUCAGAAAAUGGCCAAGUGUACGUGCAGAAGAAGCCCACCAUGUACCCACCCUGGAACAGCACUUUCGACGCCCAUAUCAACAACGGCAGGGUCAUGCACAUCAUCGUCAAGGACAAAAGUGCCGAAAUGGUUUCAGAGACCACGGUGGAACUCAAGGUGCUGGCGGAGAGGUGCAAAAAGAGCAAUGGGAAAACAGAGAUAUGGCUAGAACUGAAACCUCAAGGCCGAAUGCUGAUGAAUGCAAGAUACUUCCUGGAAAUAAGUGAUGCAAAGGACCUGGCUGACUGUGAGACUGAAGGCUUCUUCUCCUUGCACCAGCGCAGGGGAGCCAUCAAACAGGCCAAAAUCCAUAAUGUCAAGUGUCACGAGUUCACGGCCACCUUCUUCCCACAACCCACCUUCUGCUCUGUCUGUCAUGAGUUUGUAUGGGGUCUGAAUAAACAAGGCUAUCAGUGCAGACAAUGUAAUGCUGCCAUUCAUAAGAAGUGCAUUGAUAAAGUAAUAGCCAAGUGUACAGGAUCAGCAAUCAAUAGCAGAGAAACAAUGUUCCAUAAAGAGCGGUUCAAGAUUGACAUGCCUCACCGCUUCAAAGUCUACAACUACAAGAGUCCAACUUUCUGUGAGCACUGCGGCACGCUCCUCUGGGGCCUUGCACGGCAAGGAUUGAAGUGUGAUGCAUGUGGCAUGAACGUCCAUCACAAGUGCCAGACAAAAGUAGCAAAUCUUUGUGGAGUUAACCAGAAACUAAUGGCUGAAGCUCUGGCAAUGAUAGAGAGCACCCAGCAGGCUCGCUCUCAGCGUGACACUGAACAGAUCUCCAGGGAUGGACCUCUUGAAAUUGGCUUCCCAGUUCCAGCGAAGGAGGUAACACCGCUUCAGGCAUUGCCAGCAUCUACAACAGGAAAAAAAGAGCCACAGGGCAUCUCCUGGGAGACUCCGGUGGAGGGCACAGUGAAGGGGGAGGCUCUAAUAGAGUCGGACUUGGGAGACCAACCCCAGGAGCGGGAAGAGCACCAAGUGCAGCUAAAACUAACCAUCGAAGAUUUUGUCCUGCACAAGAUGCUGGGGAAGGGCAGUUUUGGCAAGGUGUUCCUCGCCGAGCUGAAGAGCACAGACCAGUAUUUCGCUGUGAAAGCCCUGAAGAAGGAUGUGGUGCUGAUGGAUGAUGACGUUGAAUGUACGAUGGUGGAGAAGAGAGUCCUCUCCUUAGCUUGGGAGCACCCAUUCCUGACUCACGUCUUCUGUACGUUCCAGACCAAGGAAAACCUCUUUUUUGUGAUGGAAUACCUCAAUGGAGGAGACCUCAUGUUCCAUAUACAGAGUUGUCAUAAGUUCGACCUUCCCAGAGCAACGUUUUAUGCUGCUGAAAUCAUAUGCGGGCUCCAGUUCCUCCAUUCCAAGGGCAUAAUAUACAGAGACUUGAAGCUAGACAACGUCCUCUUGGACAAUGAGGGGCAUAUCAAAAUUGCUGACUUUGGGAUGUGCAAGGAGAACAUGUUUGGGGAUGCGAAGACAAGUACUUUCUGUGGGACUCCUGACUAUAUCGCUCCUGAGAUCUUGCUGGGGCAGAAGUACAACACCUCCGUUGACUGGUGGUCCUUUGGUGUCCUCCUGUAUGAGAUGCUUAUUGGCCAGUCUCCUUUCCAUGGCCAAGAUGAAGAGGAGCUUUUCCAGUCUAUCCGUAUGGAUAACCCAUUCUACCCUCGCUGGCUUGACAAGGAUGCCAAGGACAUUUUGGUGAAGCUUUUUGUGAGAGAACCUGAGAGAAGACUGGGAGCAAGAGGGAACAUCCGCCAGCAUGCCUUUUUCCGGGAAAUAAACUGGGAAGCUUUAGAAGAAAGAAGGAUGGAACCUCCUUUCAAACCAAGAGUGAAAUCUCCGAGUGACUGUAGCAACUUUGACAAGGAAUUUCUAAAUGAAAAACCUAGACUGUCCUGUGCUGACAGAGCGCUGAUUAACAGCAUGGACCAAAAUAUGUUCAGCAACUUUUCUUUCGUGAACCCUAAAAUGGAGAAAAUAUUUUCCUGAGAUCUGCCUUUCUGAAGGGAUUCUCUGUAAUGGUUUGAGUAACACUUUGUCAACUGAAUACUAUGCAUGGUUAUUUUUAUCAAGAACCCACCAGAAAAACACCUCAGUGAAAGUUUGUACCAUGCCUGGAGGCUUCCAGCUUAUUCCAGUCUGUAGCAGAUGCCAGCCACUCUUCACUAAUGAUGAAGUUUCUUUGUG